CUUGGAUUAACACCCACAGUGGAUUUCACCUGGGCGCAAAGCAGAGGCUACAGUGCGACAAAUUUCUCAGCGCAGAUUGUCUCGGUUGUCGGUGCUUAUGCGUGAACUCGUAAACGAAAGGUCGUCUGUGAGGGGUCGAGCCGAACUCUACCUGUAUUUCUCGAGCUAGGUUGCUACACGGUGUCACUCACGUAGCAGACAACCCAGCCAGACGCAAACCGCAGCGCUUCACUACAGCGUCACACCUGAGUUAUUUAUUUAUCAAGAUAUCCAACAAUAAAUCAUGACAGGAGGGAGAGAACUCCGUGAACUCCUGGACGGAAAGAAUGACAACUGGCGGGAAAACCUCGACGACCCGGCCUGGUCCGAGUGGCUGCCUGCUAUGAUUCCGUCCACCCUCCGCGCCUGGUUUCCCAUGACGGAGGACAACCUCAUUUACCACACCCUAUGGGAGGAGGAAGAACUACGCCAGCGCCCAAACUACAAAAGUUACUACUGCGACAGCGUGAGGGAAAGUCUACGCGGCAAAAGAUGCGGGAUUUUUGAGCUGGGUAUCAAGAUUGGGGACACAUACGCGGCGGUCUACCUCGGCUCCACGCUGAGACAUCCAAAGAGGAAUUACACGGAUGCCUUACGCCACAGAAUAGAGGAGUUUUUACAAAAUUCGAAAAAUCCAAAGGCUAAAGAAAUUGAGGCCGCCCUUUCGUCACAGUUCGCGUUGUACGUGCGGUAUAAAGAGAUAAAGAAGCCCGAGGGGGAUGUGACUACGAAUAAGGACGAGAAUACAUGGGCUGAAAAUGCAGAGAAUGACUUGCUGGAUUCUUACGACUAUGCGUGGAAUGUCAGACGGAACGGAAAAAAUGAGUCGCGUGUCAUAUCGGAGUUGCAGAAGACAAAAUGUUAGCCCAUGCGACUUUUUUUAAGUAGAAGAAGCCACAAGACAAUAUGCAACUUAACCGAAUAUAAAAUAUUAUGGCUUAUCAGAUAUCAGUUGACGUUUUGUGCGAGUUAACAAAUGAACAUAUUUUAGCAGACGGCAUUUCAAUGCUUCGCCUCUCAAAAAACAGCUUAGAAGUACAGCAGACGAUAAAAUCUUUCGUUGUCAUGCAGUUUUUCAACCUACAAACCUAUGGUUUAACAGAGGGACAUAUGGAGACUCAGCAAACGACUUAAUAAUAAAUGAUCAUUUCAACAGAGAAAAGACCGCAACAAAGCAGACGACCAAAGCAUUUGCAUGGCGGUAUUCAUUAUAUUUCAAUAAAACAUGCUUGCUUGAUCUAAUGGAAAAUGACAUAUUUGAUGAUCCGGAUUACGCGUAUACUGAUAUACAUUUUACACCUUGAUCAGUGAAUUUUGUCUCUCUAUGCCGUGGGUAGUACAGCAAACAAACCCAAAACUGAUCCGUCUGUUGAUACAAGCGAAGGAUCGUAUGGCCGCAGAUAUAAAUAUUUCAUAGCCUAGAUUCUCAAAUUGCAUUCCUAGCGUGACCAACAAGUAUAACAUUACUUGAAGAACAUAUCACGGCAAUAUUAUUAUGCAACGUUAGCCUUUAGGCGCGCAUUUCGAGUGCGAUGGUUUUCCUGACACGCCGUUUCGAUUUAACAACAAAAUGCGUCAUUUAAACUUGAGAAUGCACAAUAAAUUGCGCCAGCUCUUAGGUGGGUGGAGUCUUUUGGAGCCACUACCACGACCAGUUAUGCGAAGAUAUUAUACUUGCAAAAAUAAAGUUUUCAUUCUAUGAGUAU